UUCAUCAAACAGAAGCCACACGCCUGAACUCCAGCCUCUCAGAGGAAACGACCCGGUUCUGAAGCUGAAAGCUGUUAUUUCUCCCAGGAGGAGGACGCUGACCAACCUGCAUGGGUGCCUGUAGUUGGUGUUAAGGAUGUUUGUGUUGCAACUUCAAGGCUGCAGGUAAUCCAUUUGUGCUGGGGCUCCCCCUCUCAUCCUGGAGUGGAGAUGGUCUACUGGAGCUCAAAGUGGAGGACAUUCGUCUGGCUCCAGACUCUGCUGGCCUUUGCCUUGGCCACGUGUCCCUCAAUGGCCCCAAGCCCAGUUAACUUCUCUGUGGUAUACACAAUGCCCUUCUUCCAGGCACAGGGACCCAUCCAGAACAUAGUCAACAACUCACUUUACCAGGAAGUGUACGUGGCUUCUCGGAAUGUGAUUGAAGCUGUCAACAGGAGCUUGGAGAAGGUAUGGGAACUCCGCACUGGGCCGGUGGGAAGUCCAGAGUGUCAGAUAUGUAAUUUGUGGGAAAAUAAUAAGGAUUAUUAUUUCCCAGAGGAUACAAACAAUCAGGUGUUGCUCUUGGAUACCCUGUUCAUGUAUUUGUACUCUUGUGGAAGUUCUCAGUAUGGUGUCUGUUAUUUCCACCAACUGAACCCAAAUGGAGAGGCACCUUCUGCCUCCAAGUGUUUGUUCAGGAAGGACUCGAACUCUGCAGCUUAUUGUCCCGACUGUGUGGCCAGCCCUCUUGGUACCAAAGUGUCGAUGGUGGAGGAGGGUCAGACCGUGUACUUCUUUGUUGCUGCUUCUGUUAAUGACAGCGUAACUCAGCGUUUUGGAAGGAAAUCCUUAUCGGUUCGCAGACCUCUGGGCACAGAGGAUGGCUUUUAUAAAGACGUGAGAGGCCUGACGGUCUUGCCCAGCCUGCGCAGGACUUACCACAUUGAAUAUGUCUACAGCUUUUUCACUCAGGAGUUUGUCUACUUCCUGUCAGUCCAAAGGGAAAGCCCGGAUCAGGACUCAUCACCGUUUCAGACUCGCCUUGGACGUCUCCCCCGGAGUGAGUGGGAGGUAAAAAGAUAUCGUGAGCUGAUCUUGGAGUGUCGCUUUGAACCAAAACGCAGGAGGAGGAACACACGCAGCGAACCCUAUAAGGAUGUUGUGUACAACGUGGUCCAGGCAGCGUAUUUUGGGAAGGCUGGCCGGGAGCUGGCAGAGGAAUUAGGUGCAGAGGAGGAGGAUGACAUCCUUUAUGGGGUGUUUGCUGUCACUGACGACAACGGGGUCACGGAGAAUGACUCGGCCCUGUGCGCCUUCCCCAUGGACAACGUGAAUAAAGCUAUCAGUGAUGGAGUAGAUGAUUGCUGCGAGUCAGGACCAGAGCAGCUCUCCAGGGGGCUUUGCCACUUCCAGCCAUGUGAAAGCUGUCCACAUGAGAGCAUGGAGAACAACGCCACAUGCAGAGACCAUCCCACCAUGGUGUCAAAGCCGUACUACAGAGUGGACCUCUUCAACAGGCAGAUGACAAACGUCCUGCUCACGUCUCUCCUGGUCACAACCAUAGAGCACAAAACCGUAGCUCAUAUCGGCACAUCAGCUGGACGGCUGCUUCAACUUGUUUUGACCAGAUCCAGUCCCAUCAUCUUUGCUAAUUACUCCUUGGUGGAGAAUCAGAGGGUUUCUUCUAUCGCAGCUGUCCACUCUUCAGAGUAUUUACUUUUUGUCGUUGGAGACAAGAUGAUUCAGGUCCCCCAGAGAGGGCCGGGCUGUCACCACUUUGUGACCUGUGCAAUGUGCCUAACGGCCCCAAAGUUCAUGGGCUGUGGUUGGUGCUCUGGAGCGUGUUCGUGGAAGAGUGAGUGCCAGAGCCACUGGGGGAAUGAGUCCUGCCCACCAGGGAUCACUGGGUUUUUCCCUCAGACUGCUCCUCUUGACGGUCAAACAGAGCUCACAGUGUGUGGAUGGUCGUUCCAGUCUCCUUUAAAACCUCCGAUCACCUCCAGAACCCACCGGGUUCGACUGGGACAGACGUCCUGCACCGUGAUUCCACUCAAAAGCAACAACACUCAUUUAGUGUGUAAGAUUCGCUCUGGCGUGACGGAGCUGUCCAAGCCAGUCCACAUCACUGUAGAGGUGCGCGAGGGCAAGGUGGAAGGACGCUACUCUAUUAAUGGGAAGGCAGAAAUGCCAGGGUUCACAUUUGUGACGCCCAACAUCACAGGGAUCCAGCCCAACUAUGGCCCUCGUGUUGGAGGAACACUCAUCACUGUGACUGGACUUCACUUGGACGCAGGCAAAACCAGAAAGGUUACUCUUAAUGAUGUACCCUGUCCUAUCAAAAGGGUCACAAAGUCUACAGGCAAUGUUUCAUCUAUCGUCUGCUUGUCCCAGUCCAUGUCAGAGGUGAGGGAUGUCCCGCUGAACGUUUUCAUCGACAAAGCUCCUGUACACACCACAAAGGUGUUUUAUUACAAGGAAAAUCCAAAGGUGACAGGAGUCCUGCCUGACUGUAGCUUUGACAGAGGAUCAAAGAUUGUGAUUGAAGGCGAGAACCUGGAUUCUGUUUAUCGCACCAUCAUCCACUUCAGACCCAACGAGAGCCACCUCAGAUCUGUGACACGGGAGUGUAUCGGCAGGUCUUUGCCCACCAGGAUGGAGUGUAUCACUCCUGUCUUCCAAAGAGAUGAGACAGAAGAAGGACACCUGUCUUUUGACAUGGAUGGAGCACUGGGCCUUUGGAACAAAGACUUCUCCUACCACCCGUACGGUGAGCCGAUUCCUUUUGAAACAGAAGGACACGUGCUCAGUUUGUACCCUGGGUUUGAUGAAGUGUCGCUGCAUCAUAAAAAGCUGAACCUGGUGAGCUCCUGCAUGACCAUCACCAUGACAGUAGCAGAUGUUGACUGUGAUGCCAAAGUCCUGGAUAAUGAGAUAACCUGCAGGAUUCCUAAAAACCUAACCAUUCCCAGUGAGGGGCUUCCAGUGAAGAUCUCCAUCAAUGGUCAGGUUCACCAUGUUGGCACUGUGGUGAGGGUCAGCAACCACUACAUGGUGGGAAUAGUUCUGGGAAUCCUGGCAGCUCUGGUGGCUGGGGCAGUGCUGGCCUUCGCUGUUAUGAAACAUCUGAGGAAGAAGAAGAAAACGUCCACAUUAGAAACGCGGUUAGUCCACAGUUGUGCUCGUUCUGGUGCAAAUAAUGCUGAGAGGUCUCCAGUUGGAGACUACAGAAGAGUGGUAUCCCUGAGUCCUCCAACCCCCUUGGUGGGACCAGUGGUGUUUCCAAGCCUGGUGUAUACUACGAGAACAGUAGAUCCAACCUUCACUCCCCUCAUGCCGGCAGAAAAGAUCUCCAUCUCCAGCUUUAGGCCAAACCUGCUGGAAGAAGUGAAGGAUGUGCUUAUCCCUGCAGAGAUGCUCAUAGUGCAGCGGCAUCGGAUCAUAGGAAAGGGCCAUUUUGGAACAGUCUAUCAUGGCUACCUCACAGACCCCAAGAACAAAGAAAUCCACUGUGCAGUCAAGUCUUUAAAUAGAAUAACAGAUGUGGAGGAGGUGGAGCAGUUUCUAAAGGAAGGCAUCAUAAUGAAGGGUUUCCACCACAGCAACGUGUUGUCUCUGCUGGGCAUCCUGUUGCCACAGGAAGGCCUCCCUCUGGUGGUGCUGCCAUACAUGAAACACGGUGACCUGCGGCACUUCAUACGCUGCGAGAAGAGGAACCCCACUGUGAAGGAUCUGAUUGGCUUUGGGCUGCAGGUCGCUAAAGGGAUGGAGUAUUUGGCUCAGAAGAAGUUUGUGCACAGAGAUCUUGCAGCACGUAAUUGCAUGUUGGAUGAGUCUUAUACAGUGAAAGUGGCGGACUUCGGCAUGGCCAGGGAUGUCUUUGAUAAGGAGUAUUACAGUAUUCAGGACCACAGAAAGGCUAAACUACCAGUCAAGUGGAUGGCCAUUGAGAGUCUGCAAACACAGAAAUUCACCACCAAGUCAGAUGUGUGGUCCUUUGGUGUGUUGAUGUGGGAGAUGCUGACCAGAGGAGCGAGCCCCUACCCAGAAGUAGACCCUUAUGACAUCACACAUUACCUAAUGAAGGGCAGGAGGCUUCCACAGCCACAGUAUUGCCCCGACCCACUGUACCGCAUCCUGCUCCAGUGCUGGGACCCUGAUCCAGAGCUGAGGCCCACCUUUGCCACACUGGUGCUGGCUGUGUCCACCAUCCUGUCAGGCCUUGAGGGAGAACACUACAUCAGUCUGAACAUCACCUACGUGAACCUGGACCAGCCACGACCUUACCCUGCUCUCACCGAGUCCGCUGAUGAGUUUGACUCGACAGAUGUGGAAGACUCCGACUCUUCCUGAAGGAACAAAAAUGUGACUCAUCUGUGUCACACUCAGCACCGUUCACAGCAAAAAGUAAAAACAAAGCUACUGGUAACUGUUUGAGUUCAUAAACCAGAUUGUAAGAUGACAAAAUCACCCUACCAAUACCAAAAAUAACCAUUAAUUAUUAAAUAUACUAAACAAAGGACAUCUUAAUUCCAAUAUUCAGUAAAAUAUGAAACAGUAGAAAACAAAGCAUCUUAAGACAGUAUUACCAAUUUAGCCAACAUCUGGUUCUAGCAGAUCUUUACACUUGUUAGGUCAGAAUUUACUUUUGAUCCUGGAGACCAGAACAUCGUCACCCUAAUGAAGAUCUUUCAAACAUCAUUAAACCAUCAAUCCUGAAAGAUUUCAAACCGUUCUCCUAAGAGAGAGAGAGGCCUUGAAGGGAUAUUUGGUGUUACUCGUUGCAGAAAGCUGUCUGAAUGGUCUCAGUUUGGAGAAAACUGAGGAUUAACAUGCUAACGGCUAGUUUCAAUGCAAAUUGUUAUUCUCCCAUUUUAAAAGAGCUCCAAUCUACAAACACGACAGCUGAUACAAAUGCUUUUGAAUCCUCACACAUCCAAUAAUGUUGAAUCACAGUUAAUCACAUGGAACCGUGUUAUUAAAGGGACAGCAGUGGCUAACAGAAUAGCCCUCAUUAGCUUGUCAGACCCACUUUCAAGAUGGAUUUUGAUGUAUUUGAAGUUCAUGUGAAUAUUCAAACCUCCAUCAUCAAUUACGUAUUACUGUGUUACUAUAUUAGAAGUAUAAUGAAAUCCAUGCUGAAGGUAUCCCAGCAUGCACUGGAAGAGUUAUGUUUAGCUACCGAUGUGCUAAACAAUAACCAAAGAAUUCCAUAAAAGUACGAAUCAUGUAGAACAACUGACUGAGUCUGGAAUUUUCUUCCAACUGUUACCUAAACUGUUGAGAAAUGAGCAGUUUUAAAUCAGAACUAUCCACUUUGGUUUUAGCUGCAUUCAGACUAGCAGUUAGCCCGUCAGUCCUGUCAGACGUAAGUUUUUAUUCUCACACCUGCUUGCUGAUGCUCCUGAUCAACUCUGCUCUGACGCAGUCCCGAUCCCACAGCUGGAUUCUGGGAGACGUCCUGGAGCUGCUGGGUGUCCUGAAGCCGAUGCCAACCGCCAUCACCAGGAAAGGCAAAGAAGGUUCGUCAAUUACGCAUCAGUUUGCUACGGUGGCUCCUUAAGUCCCUGUUUUUGUACAAUCUAUCAUCAAUGUCCUUCUCUAAAACCUUAAAAAAUGUACAUAAACUAGUUUUUGUUCUGUCACUAGUAACACCCCAGCCUGAACUCAGAGUUAAUCUGUUCCCACCCAGGUUUAAGACCCCUACAGUGUUUUCUACCUGAUGAUCUGCUAAUAAUACACUUAAAAUCCCUCAAAAUCUUAAACUUCCUGCAAAAACGAGUGAUUUGCUUUUGGUUCUCUAAUGAUUAUUUUGUAUACGUCGUAUAAAACUUCUGGUGGUUACAUUUCUGACAUAAACAAUGUCAAUAAAUAUUUAUUUGUUUAUACAGUUUUUCUCACCUUGUGAACUUUGAGAAAUUGUGACGUUUUAGACAAACUUGUAAGCAUUUUGUCAUUUGCACAUCAGUUGUAUUUUGUGGUCCGUGCUUUUGUCCUGGUUGUCAUGUGUUGUUACUGUACCACAUUAAAGUCACCGAGUCAUUU